AUGGAGCGUUUGCUUGCGCGGAAAAAAUCCUUAUUUAACUUGUUGCGCUCGUACAUGAAAACAUCCGAACUUGGUAUUACGGAUACGAGCAAAAAUCUUGUUCGGGACCUCCUUAACGGCGAACAAUCUCUUCCCAACGGAACGCAUUUCGAUAACGACAUUUUCGUGGAUGCUUAUUAA